AUGAGUAUUACAGAAGAAGAAUUACUUGUAAAAAAUCUAAGAGACGUUGCUGCAGUCGCUGCAGCUGACAGAAAUUCAAGUUUUGACUCGUCAACAGCUAUCAUUUUUGGAAUCAGCGGUUGCACAAAUGCAGGCAAAACUACCUUAGCCAAACAUAUGGCCAAAAUGGUCAACUGGGAUAAACUUGUAGAUGACGUUAAGAAAGCGAGACGUAACGACGAUUUUAUCAUUAUAGAAGGGAACAUGUUAACAGAUGCACCAGAAAUACUUCAGUUAUUGCACCGUAUGAUAUUCUUAAUGCUUGACAGGGAAAUUUGUUUUGAACGGCGAUCUCAAAGAACUGAUUACGAUCCACCUGACAAACCUGGAUAUUUUGAGGAAUUUGUCUGGCCUUCUUACGAAAGGUGUUUGAAGACAGCUUCCUUGCUGGCCAGAGAAUCAUUACGGUUUGGAGUCGUUGAUGGAAUCUCGCAAGCUCAGGCUCCUGAUCUACAAUGUUUUCUGGGUGGUGAAACAAAUGACUGUACAAUUUAUAGCACACUACAAAAACUUUGUUGUAAGACAAAAGCCAAGUUCGAAAGUGUUGAUAGAAUUGUCAUAAUACAACGGAUCGGAAGAAUAGAAAAAGGUGAUCCGUAUAUUUUGGUAGGUACAAGAGGAAGUUCUGGAAAUGAAGCUAGAUUAGCAAAUAAAUAUGUUCAAACUAAGCAGCAACUUACCAUCUGGAAAAUGGCCAAAUCUACUGAUGAAAGUUUGACAGAUGAAGAAAAUUUGGUUGUUGGCAAAUUGCAUAAAAGUACAAUACAAAAUAAUACUGCUGCAGCUGUUAUUGGCACUACGAGCGCACAGAAAGCCUAUCAGAAUUUAAACGGUAAGGUAACUGUUGCUGCUGUCAGUUGGUCAAAAAAUAAACCGUAG